CCGAGGCGCUGAGGGGCGCUGUGGGCGCGGCGGGCUCCCGUCGGCCCCCGCGCGCCUCCCGGCAGCCUUCGCUCUCUUUCCGCGGCCGCCGCCGACAUGGGACGCGUCCGAACGAAGACGGUGAAAAAGGCCGCCCGGGUGAUCAUCGAGAAGUACUACACCCGCCUGGGGAACGAUUUCCACACCAACAAGCGGGUGUGCGAGGAGAUCGCCAUCAUCCCCAGCAAGAAGCUGCGCAACAAGAUCGCGGGGUAUGUCACUCACCUGAUGAAACGUAUUCAGAGAGGACCCGUCCGAGGCAUCUCCAUCAAACUGCAGGAGGAGGAGAGGGAGAGGAGAGACAACUAUGUCCCUGAGGUCUCAGCCCUUGACCAGGAGAUCAUUGAAGUGGACCCGGACACCAAGGAAAUGCUGAAGCUUCUGGACUUCGGCAGCUUGUCCAACCUGCAGGUGACACAGCCCACAGUGGGGAUGAACUUCAAAACGCCCCGAGGAGCGCUCUGAGUUGGUCGCUGUAUGUGACUUUUCCAAUAAAUGUGGGAAAACCA